AUGCAUGCGUGCAUGCUAGGUCACUUCAGUUGUGUACGACUCUUUGUGACCCUCCAGACUGUAGCCCGAAAGGCUCCUCUGUCCAUAGGAUUCUCCAGGCAAGAAUACUGGAGUGGGUUGCCAUGCCCUCCUCCAGGGGAUCUUCACCAGGGAUCGAACCUGUAUCUUGUGACUCCCGCACUGGCGGGCAGAUUCUUUAACACUUGGGAAGCCGCAACAAACUAUAAUUUUGUCUUUUAUUUAUGGACCCUCUCCCUCCACUCGGAUGUCAGCUCCAUGAGGGUUGGGAUUUUGACUGUUUUAUUCACUGCUGUCUCCUUAGUGUCUAGAGCAGUGCCUGGCACACAGUGGGUAUUCAGUAAAUCUUUGCUGGAUGAGUGA